CUCCUUCCACCACUCCAUCUCCUUCUGACUGGGAACAUGGCACAAUUCUGUUUUGGCGGAAUUGGCGCAAUGACCGUAAAAAGCCUCGGUUGACGUUUGGUCGGAUCUUUGGUUUGCCCCUCAUGCUCAUGCUCUACACGGUGGGGUUCUUUCUCGGCUACGACGACAAGAGUGACAGUGCCAAUGAAGUCGUGCUCCAUAAUAUUGGUCAGGGCAAACAAGUAGUGAGACUCUUCGAUGUCCAAGGGGCCGAUUUCGAGUUUCCUUCCAAACUGCGAUUGGCCGGUGAUGAUACGGCAUUCACCCUCCAAGUAGCACAAGAAAUCAAUGCCACCAUCGUCUCGAAUAUGGAAACUGUGUUCUAUCCCAAUCAGACGCAAGACGUCUUUGCCCAAGACUGCGAACUGGCCGACCUUUCUUCGGCUUACACCGAUAUUUGUGUCUAUCUCCAAUCCACAUCGGAUGCCAGUAACGAAAAUACCUUGUUUGCUCCACCCCCUUCUGUCGUACUCUAUUACCCCGGCAAGGAAACUGCCACACCCUAUGCUCCACCAUUGGCAGGAACCCAAUACGCGGUUCAUCAAGCCAUUUGGAAGAAUCACAUCAAUCCCCUCUUACUCCUCCAAGCCAAUAAUAAUCCCAACACUGUCAAUAUGGAAAUCAACCUCGAUCCACUGCAACUCCAGGUCAAUCCCAGAAUAGUGCCUACCAUCCAAAAAAUCCAACGGACACCCAUGUUGAUUCAACCGGAACAGUCGGCUCAAAAUGCCAAUAUGGCACUCGUCAUUGCUCCCGGACUCUUGCAUUGUUUGGCGGCUGCCAUUAUGGCCAUGUUUUUGAUUGGCACGCCCCACAACGAACGCGUCACACAAAAAGUCCAAAGUUUUGUUCUCGUGGGCGUCAAAUUGCGAACCUACGUCUUGACAUGGCUCGUUUAUUAUGGCAUCCAAGGCAUUCUGACGGCGACAGUCUUGACAUUGGUCAGUGUGUAUUACAAUCUCAUGCCACUAUCCAAUUGGGCAUUGCUGUUUUUCAGUCAUUAUUUGGGUAUUUUGGGAUACAAUGGCCUGUUUGUCUUUUUGAGUCAACUCAUUGAGCAGGAAGAAUUGGCACAAGGCAUGCCGUGGUUGACGGCGUUUGGAAGCAUGGCAUUGACAUUGCCCUUUGUCAUUGUGGAGAGUCCUACAUUUCCACUCCUCUACUUGUUUUCGGUCAUUUCUCCCACCUGCGGCGUUCUGCAGUAUUAUGCUGUCUAUGCCCGAUACGAUUAUACCGGUGUCGAUACCGGCAUUCAUUGGGGGGGUGGAACCGUUUCCGAAUCGGGAUUGUUGGGCGUGUACUUUGCCCAAGUGGCCUGUAUUGUAUUGUACACGACGCUGUUAUUGCUCAUGUCGUCGCCGCAUGUGCGAGCAUUCCUGAAUGGACAUCACAACAAAAGCAAAAGCAACAACAGCGAACAAAAAGCAGACGAACCCACCGCGACUGCGGAAGAAGCAACAACCACGGAACACUUUGAACCAUUGGCACCCGGAUCCGACGUACUCGUUCAAGUACGAGGACUCCAUCACACGUAUACUCCUGGUUGUUGCCAAUCCAUGUGUGACAGCAAGGCACAACCGACACAAGUAUUGCACGGACUCGAUAUGGAUAUUUGUCGUGGUGAAGUCUUUGGGUACCUCGGGCACAAUGGAGCUGGAAAAUCCACAUCCGUCCAAUUGCUCUCGGUCGAACAACCCGUGCAAGACGGAACGGUGACGUAUCAUUUUUCCAAUGGCGUGGCGGCAUUGGACAAUCCCCAUCACGCCGACGUGAUUCGAGGCAAUAUUGGCGUGUGUCCGCAACACAAUACGUCGUUGCAAGAAGAUCUGACGUGUCGGGAAACAUUGUAUCUAUUUGCACAACUCAAGGGACGCAUCCCCAAACAAAGUCCGGAUCAACCGGACGAGGAUGCCAUUCGAGACGAAGUGGAACGGCGACUCGACGAUAUUGCCUUUACGUCGGCGGGCGAUGCCGACAAACCAGUGGGAACGUAUUCGGGUGGAAUGAAACGAAAAGUCAGCAUUGCACUGGCGUUGUUGGGGUCGCCCGAAGUGGUGUAUUUGGAUGAACCGACCGCCGGAAUGGAUCCAUACAAUCGACGACAAAUCUGGGAUAUGAUUAUUGCCGCCAAGAAGGGACGCAGCAUUAUUUUGACAACGCACUUUUUGGAUGAAGCCGAUGUCCUUAGCGACCGGAUUGGUAUUUUGAAGGAUGGAAAGCUCAUUACGUGUGGAAGCAGUUUGUUCUUGAAACACCAUUUCGGGGUCGGCUAUACUCUACGAUACGGACUUGACAGUGUCGAAGCCGAACCUAUUGACAUUACGACCAUGGUUGCGGAUGCCGAUCCUCUGCCCUUGGAGAUUCCUGGACGAUACGAAUGGCGAUUGGAACAUGGAUCGGAACCCAAGUUUCCAGAGGUUUUGCGUGCAUUAGGGGAAGCGGGUGCCACCAAUGUGUCCUUGGAUCUCACGACGUUGGAGGAGGUCUUUUUGCAAACUGGAAAAGAAGACGCAGAGGAAGAGACCGAGGAUGCAAACGAGGACCCCGAAUCCUUUACCAAUGAAAACGUAGCAGACCCCGAAGCAGGCGGAACAGACGGCACUGCCGAAAAGUUACGACAAAUCUGGAAGCCAAUGGGCAACAUCCAACCACUAAGCUUAUUGAGCAAGUUCUUCUUGGUCCAAAACUUUAUGAUGAUGAACGCCUGGAAGAUCAAAGGAACCAUCUUUCUCAACGUUGCCCAGCCCUUGGCGUAUUUGAUUGCUGGCAUGGUAGUGAGUUCCUUGGUGGAGGUACAAGACAAGGGAGAACGGGUGGUUCCAGAUCCUGUUACGCUGUCAACGUUCAUGGGAGGAUCAAGUCCCAUGCGAUUCUUUGGGAUUCCAAACGUCACCAACUACAAUACGAAUAUAUCCAUCUUUCCAAUGACCCCAGCAGAAGAGCCCGAACGAUUGCUGGAGUACUUUUACGAACCACCAAUAUUUGGUGGCCACUACGAAGGAAACUCCACUCUUCAGUAUAACCCUGAGAUUACUCCCUUUGCUCUUCAGAUGGCUCUCUCAGUGAUGUCGGAUGUGGCUGCUAUCGUCAGUGGACAAAUCUUGGGCAUAACAACUACGCUCCAACAGCUUCCCUACAUUUCGGAGACUCCCUAUCGUCUGGAUCUCUUGAUCUUGCCCACGUGCAUGGGCUUUGGUUUCACUGGCGUUGCCUUUUCCGUAUUGGAUGUGCUGUUGUUAAAAGGCGACGGAAUCAUCUCCCUGUUUCGAGUUGCAGGGAUCACUGAAUGGAGCGCAUAUCUUGGUGUAAUUUUCUACAAAUGCAGCACCAGCUUUGCCCCCUUCUUCGUCCUGGUCAUUGCGUUGGGAUACGGGUUGCAGGCAACAAUAAUGGGAAAUGCUGGGCGCUGGUUGGGAACAGUCAUCAUCAUGCUGAGCUACGCCUACAGCACAACACCGAUUGGUCUGAUCUUGGCGAAACGCUUCAUUCAUGGGGAUUACAAAGCCGUGGCGAAUUGGUUCCCUGGGGUCUACAUGACCUUUGUUUCGUUGCCUUAUGUGGCAUGGGUGUCUGCUCUUCAAGCAUUGCCCGAGUCUCGAGACUUGCUCUUGAUCAUUGGAGACAUUAUCUGUAUAGUCCCACAGGUAGCCUUCCAACGAGGGCUAGGCGCAGUCAUCGAGGUAUCGACCAAAUUCGAUGACCCAGACUUGACGUGGGCGCAAGUGUGGAGCUGGGAAAGCCGCGUCUGGUAUACCAUUGUGAUGAUGCUGGGCAUCGGGAGCAUCGAGUGGGUCUUCUUGUACAAGCUGACAACGACGCGUCCCUCGGCCACUAAACUGAAAAAAACUGAUCCUGACAAUGCAAUCAAGCCGAUUGAUGCAUCACUGAACCCUGAACUGGCGGAGCAACACGAAAAGAGCACCCAAGAUGACUUGGGUAUCAAUGCUCGCGAAGUGGUCAAAGCUUUCCGUGUACCGCCCCCUGAUGGAGAAGGGGACAAGACAAAGAAGGAUGCUGUUCUAAAACGCUCGGUAAAAGGAGUCAGUUUUGGUAUUCGCAAAAAUGAGAUCUUUGCAUUGCUCGGGCCCAACGGCGCAGGCAAGUCUGUCACGAUGGGAGUCCUGGCUGGUGAACAUACCCCGGAAAACGGGCAGAUUACGUUGGAAGGCCAAGUGGCUUCGGGAGAGACCAAGGACAUUGGACAUCUCUACAGUCAGUGCGAUGUGGCUUAUGUCCCCCAAUUCGAUGCCUUGUUUCCCCACAUGACUGUGCUCCAGCACCUCAAGUUCUAUGCUCAGAUUCGAGGCUUGAAUUGGGAAGAGGAGUCUACACAAUCUCACGUCCAGGCCAUUGUCCAUCUAUUAGGACUGGGCAAGCAUCAAGACAAGGAAGCCACGGCACUCUCGGGUGGAUACAAACGCCGGUUGUCUUUGGGAUUGGCCAUGAUUGGUUAUCCCAAAGUGAUGAUGGUCGAUGAGUGCACCACCGGGAUGGACCCCGGGGCCAGGCACUUGGUUUGGGAUGUAUUGAAGCCACAAACCCUUCACGAAGACUAUGAUUUGCCGGCGAUCUUGCUCUCGAGCCACUACAUGGACGAGUGCGAAACCCUGGGCGAUACCAUCGCAAUCAUGAUUGAUGGAGAGAUCGUCACUGUUGGAACAUUGCCAUAUCUUCAAGGCAAGUACUGUACAAGCUACUUUGUGGAGAUCAGCAUUGACCCUCUGGCAGACGGGGUGACGGGGAGCGAUUUGCCCGAAGACAAUGUAGUGGAGGCUUUUUUGAAGGAGGGAAUGCCCGCCAAAGUGUACGAAUCGUUACCAUAUCGCUUUAAAUUGCAGCUUCCCUUUCAAGAAGAUGGCAAUCACCAAAGCCAGCUGGCCGACAUCUUUGGUCUUCUCGAACGCGAAAAGGAAGCUCUGGGGAUCAAGUUCUAUUCAGUGGAACAAAUGAAUCUGGAAAAGAUCUUCAUUGACCUCUCUCGUAAGCAAUUCGAGGCGGAGGAGCAAUACAUAUCCGAGAGACCAAGCAUGAGUCGACGAGGAAGCAGUCGACGGAACAGUCAACGCGGAAGCAGCCGACGAGGACGGACUAUGUCCGUGUAGCUAAUGCAGUGCUUAUGAAACUUUGAUAAUAGAUAUUACACAUGUGUGGCAUUGACGUCCAUUGCCAUGUCCAUCACUUCCACCGGGUAGUUUGGGUCCACUUGCCCAUUCUGGUCAACGUGGACUGCAAGGCGAAUCACAUAACUGUGGGAUGCAUGCCACUUUGGUUCAGCGAAGUGGGAGGACAGCCUUCUGAAAGUGUUGCCGCCGGCCACUUCCAACACGAAUGCUGACUCCGAAGAGCAAAGAACUACUAAUGUCAUGCAUGCAUGCUGUACUAUACUAAUGUCAUGCCAAGAACUACUAAUGUCAUGCAUGCAUGCUGU